GUGGAGUUCUUGGAAGACUUCCUGACACCGACUUCGAGCUCAGGAAUGUGCUUCCGGCAUACAUACGCAAGGCAGGAGCAGAAAGCAGUCAGAGGUGUCCCGAAAGAUCCUCAGCAAACUCCAACUCUGCAAGCCGCCAGCCGCAGAAGCACCGCUCCGCACUCUGCUUUCUGCGCUUCGCGCGAGCACUUGUGCAAAUGCCAGUGACGAAAAUAGAGCAUGAACGCAUGAAAUGUAUUUAUGUCUGUAUGUAUGCGCGUACGUACGUAAUGUAUGUAUGUGUGCAGACCGUUUUUCGCCUGUUACCCAAAUCCGUUGCCAUUGUGAACUCUUUGGUGUAG